GCACGUACGCAUGCAACACACACAAACGUGAACCGUUACCAAUAAAAUACAUCAAAAAAAAAAUCAAAAAUUCAGUGAUAUUAGAACGUUUUUUCGUGUGUCGCGUAUGGGCAGCAAUUAAAAUUCACACAAGGUUCCUACACUCAACAAAACCAGUCGCGAGUUAAACACGAACGAGCAACAAAUCGAAUCCGAAGCGUAACACGAAAGUGCAAAGAAUGUAAAGUAAACCAAGUUUGUUCAGUUUUGGCAACGCCAAUUAUAAUUAACUGUACUGUGUGCAAAAGGCCGAGCGGAAACAGCGGAGAAAAAAAAAAAGAAAAAAUGUGCGCAGUCAUCCUGUUGUUGGCCAACAGCAAGUGGAAUUGAUUCUCAUUUCAUUCUACCAAUUAUUUUUGGUUUCGUUCGUUUUAAUAAAAAUCCCUUACCCUCCUCCCCACCACCUCCAAAAAGAAGAGGAUUCAACCAUCCUCAGAUAAAUAUAGAAAUAUGAAAAUGCAGUUGAAUCCAAUGUGCCUCUUACGCCUGCUGCUGUUGCAACUCUUGGUUGCACGAGGCAGCUGCAGCGUUAGCAGCAGUCCGGAUGCCACACAUUCUUCCUCCUCCUCAUCCUCUUCCUCGGAGUCCGUGUCCGUGUCGAGCAGCAAGCAUCAUCAGCAGCAGCAGCAGCAAUCGCACUCCAAUGCCAUCAUGGGCGAGGCUGGAGUUUCCCACACACAGCUGUUGCAGCCACAGACGCCGCCACGCACCCUGCGCCCCAUUUCUGGCGGAGAUGCGGCCCUGUACGAUGCGCCCGACGACUGCCAUUUCAUGCCCGCUGCGGGCCUGGAACAGCCGGAAAUUGCGCUGACCUGCAAUCUGCGAACGGUGAACAGUGAAUUCGAUACGACAAAUUUUAGUGUGAUCCCCGCCGAGCACACAAUCGCCCUGCACAUCUUGUGCAACGACGAGAUUAUGGCUAAGAGUCGCCUCGAGGCGCAAUCCUUUGCCCAUUUGGCCCGACUCCAACAGCUGACCAUUCAAUACUGCAAACUGGGCAAACUGGGACGUCAGGUGCUGGAUGGCUUGGAGCAGCUGCGAAAUCUCACCCUGCGCACCCACAAUAUCCUGUGGCCAGCGCUCAACUUUGAGAUCGAGGCGGAUGCGUUUGCGGUUACCAGGCAGCUGGAGAGAUUAGAUUUGAGCUCGAACAACAUUUGGUCGUUGCCCGAUAAUAUAUUCUGUGCGUUAUCCGCGCUGUCUGCUCUGAAUAUGAGUGAGAACCGGCUGCAGGACGUCAACGAGUUGGGCUUCAGGGAUCGCAGCAAGGAGUCACCCACCUCCACAGAGUCCAGCUCCAGUUCCAGCUCUGGUUCCACUACGGAGGCGGGCAGGCGUUCGAUUAGCUCCUGCAGUCUGGACUUGGAGCUGCUCGACGUCAGUUUCAAUCAUUUUGUGCUGUUGCCCGCCAAUGGGUUUGGCACAUUACGUCGCCUGCGUGUGCUCCAUGUGAACAACAAUGAGAUCUCAAUGAUUGCGGACCGGGCAUUGAGUGGCCUAAAGAAUCUGCAGGUGCUCAAUCUCAGUUCCAAUAAGAUCGUUGCUUUGCCCUCCGAAUUGUUUGCGGAGCAGUCGAAAACCAUCCAGGAGGUCUAUCUGCAGAACAACUCCAUCAGUGUGCUGAGUCCGCAGCUCUUCUCCAAUCUGGACCAGCUGCAGGCAUUAGAUCUGUCCUUCAAUCAAAUCACCUCCACGUGGACAGAUCGCAAAUUUGUGGGUCUCAUUCGACUUGUGCUGCUGAAUCUUUCCCACAACAAGUUGACCAAACUGGAACCGGAAAUCUUUCGCGAUUUGUACACGCUACAGAUUCUCAAUUUGCGCCACAAUCAACUGGAGAACAUUGCUGCGGACACCUUUGCUCCGAUGAAUAAUCUCCAUACUCUGCUCCUCUCGCACAACAAGCUCAAGUAUCUGGAUGCAUAUGCUCUCAAUGGACUCUAUGUGCUCUCGCUGCUCUCGCUGGACAAUAAUGCGCUGAUUGGUGUUCAUCCUGAGGCGUUUAGGAACUGCAGCGCUCUGCAGGAUCUCAAUCUGAAUGGAAAUCAGCUGAAGACGGUGCCAUUGGCACUGAGGAAUAUGCGCCUGUUGCGCACCGUAGAUCUGGGGGAGAACAUGAUUGCCGUGCUCGAGGAGAAUGCAUUCAAGGGAUUGGGCAAUUUGUAUGGACUGCGUCUGAUUGGCAACUAUCUGGAGAAUAUAACGAUGCACACAUUUCGAGAUCUGCCCAGCCUGCAGAUACUGAAUCUGGCGAGGAAUCGCAUAGCUGUCGUCGAACCCGGUGCCUUCGAGAUGACCUCCAGCAUUCAGGCCAUUCGCCUCGAUGGCAACGAUCUGGCGGAGAUUAAUGGACUCUUUAGUAAUAUGCCUUCGCUGCUCUGGCUGAAUAUCUCCGAUAAUCGGCUGGAAAGCUUCGAUUAUGGCCAUGUGCCGAGCACCCUGCAAUGGCUCGAUCUGCACAAGAAUCGCUUGGGUCUGCUGUCGAAUCGCUUUGGCCUAGAUGCCGAACUGCGACUGCAAACUCUCGAUGUUAGCUUCAAUCAGCUGCAACGCAUCUCAGCCGCCUCUAUACCGAACUCCAUUGAGCUGCUCUUCCUCAACGACAAUCUGAUCACAACUGUGGAUCCAGACACAUUCAUGCACAAGCUGAACCUGACCCGAGUAGAUCUUUAUGCCAAUCAAAUAACCACCUUGGACAUAAAGUCUUUGCGCAUAUUGCCUGUGCCGGAGCAUCGGGCACUGCCCGAAUUCUAUAUUGGGGGGAAUCCCUUCACCUGUGACUGCAACAUUGACUGGCUGCAGAAGAUCAAUCACAUCACGUCGCGUCAAUAUCCACGCAUCAUGGAUCUGGAGACAAUCUACUGCAAGCUGCUCAACAAUCGGGAGCGGGCCUAUAUUCCACUGCUGGAGGCGGAGCCAAAGCACUUCCUGUGCACCUACAAGACGCACUGCUUUGCCGUCUGUCAUUGCUGCGAAUUCGAUGCCUGCGACUGUGAGAUGACCUGUCCCACCAAUUGCACCUGCUUCCACGACCAGACCUGGUCGACUAACAUUGUGGAGUGCUCCGGUGCCGGCUACUCGGAGAUGCCACGUCGUGUCCCCAUGGACACCACCGAGCUCUAUAUCGAUGGUAACAAUUUUGUGGAACUGGCGGGUCAUUCAUUUCUCGGCCGGAAGAAUCUGGCCGUGCUCUAUGCGAACAAUUCGAAUGUGGCACAUAUUUACAACACGACGUUUAGUGGAUUGAAGCGUCUACUUGUGCUGCACCUUGAGGAUAAUCACAUUGUCGCACUGGAGGGCAAUGAGUUCCACAAUCUGGAGAAUCUGCGGGAGCUUUACCUACAAUCGAAUCGCAUUGCGAGCAUUGCCAAUGGCAGUUUCCAGGUGCUGCGAAAACUGGAAGUGCUCCGACUCGAUGGGAAUCGCCUGCUGCACUUUGAAGUUUGGCAGCUGGCCGCGAAUCCCUACCUAGUCGAGAUCAGUCUGGCGGAUAAUCAAUGGAGCUGCGAGUGUGGCUAUUUGUCCAGGUUUCGCAACUAUCUGGCUCAGAGCUCGGAGAAAAUUGUGGAUGCGGCGCGGGUCAGUUGCAUCUACAACAAUGCGACCAGUGUGCUGCGCGAGAAGAACGGGACGAAGUGCACCCUGCGCGAUGGCGUUGCCCACUAUAUGCACACCAAUGAGAUUGAGGGAUUGCUUCCACUGCUUCUGGUUGCCACUUGUGCCUUUGUCGGCUUCUUUGGGCUCAUCUUUGGACUCUUCUGCUAUCGCCAUGAGUUGAAGAUGUGGGCGCAUUCCAGCAGCUGCCUGUUGACCACCUUCUGCUAUCGUUCGCCGCGAUUCGUAGACCAGCUGGACAAGGAGCGACCGAAUGAUGCCUACUUUGCCUACAGUCUGCAGGACGAGCACUUUGUCAAUCAGAUUCUGGCCAAUACCCUCGAGAGUGACAUUGGCUAUCGCCUGUGUCUGCAUUAUCGCGAUGUCAACAUCAAUGCAUAUAUUACGGAUGCUCUGAUUGAGGCUGCUGAGAGUGCUAAGCAGUUUGUCCUGGUGCUCUCCAAGAAUUUCCUGUACAACGAGUGGACGCGUUUCGAGUACAAGAGUGCGCUCCACGAGCUGGUGAAGCGGCGGAGACGUGUCGUCUUCAUCCUGUACGGUGACUUGCCACAACGGGAUAUCGAUUUGGAUAUGCGACACUAUCUGCGGACGAGCACAUGUAUCGAGUGGGAUGACAAGAAGUUCUGGCAGAAGCUGCGACUCGCACUGCCUCUGCCCCAUGGACGGGGCAACAAUAACAAGCGUGUCACGGGCUGUCUGGCGGCACGCAGCUCCUCGGUGAAUAUGUAUGCAACGGCACAUGAGUUUCAGGCGGGCAGCGUUGCAGGCGUCCCAGUGCCCGUUGCAGCUGCUGCACGCAUCGCUGACAAGCUGUAUGCGGACUGUGGCAGCAGCAACAACUAUGCAACGAUCAAUGAGUGCGGCAGCGGGGCGGGUGUGGCAAGGGGGGGCUACAAACCAAUACCGACAACGGCAGCAGCUGCCGCAGCCGCCUGCAAAUUUAACACCAUGAAUCAGCUGACCAAGAAACAGCGCGAACUGAGCGUAGCAGGCAUGGCCAAGACCCUGGAGCAUCAGCACCACCACAAUCCACAGCAACAGCAGCAGCAGCAACAGCAACAGCAGCAACAGUUGCAGCUACAACAGCAACAUCGACGCAGCCAGCACGAGUAUGCGGUGCCAGCGUAUUUGGCAGCUGGACAGGCGCCUGCCUACGACAGCGUUGACUAUGCUAAGCAGCCGCUGCGAGGGGCAAGUGGCAACAAUUGUGAAUGCAUUGGCACCGCCAAGCGGCUGGUGAAGGGGCAGGCUCCGGUGUUGGCUAGCUCGUUCAGCUCGAACUUUGUGGCGCCCGCGGUCAGUGCGGGUGCGUACAACUGCAAGAAACCGUGCAACUGCAACGCCGACGAUGAGCUGCUCUGUGGCUGCGGGGGGUUGGAGAGUGGCAGUGCCACACAGAGCAGCGGCACAAUGAGUAGCAGCAGCAACAACAGUCGACUGCCGGAGUUGACGCACUAUGAAUCCAAUCUGAGUCUGAAUGAGCUGGAUGAUGGUGGCGCCACCAAGCCGUUGCACGACCUGUGGGCGUAACCAUGCCACUAAACCAGUGAAUUUAUCGGCCAGGCAAACUAACCGCAAACACUUAAACUAAAAUUUAUAUUAAAUGCAAAGCGAAAAUCGAAAACCGUAUAAUUAAUAAGAAAAAUGAGAGGAGGAAGAGAAGAGAAGAAAGCAUAGCAUACAUUUUGGGGCAGUGGCACAGACUGAUACUUUUAGUUGUUUGAAUUAAUUGAUUUACUUGUACAUAAAAAAAGAAUAAUGAAAACUAUAAAACCUACACAAUUGAUAUUCUAACAAGAGGUUCGAUAAUUUAUUACCUUGUAUAAAUAUAUAAAUGAAAAUUAAUUAAACAUAGGCAUUUGUACAUACAAGACUAUAUAUUAAAUUAUUAAAGCAUUAAUUA